AUGUCAGUCAGUGGUCCUUGUGCCUGGGUGUCAACGGUGCCAUCACCAGCUACCCAUUCCCCCGCAAUCACGAGUUCCUGGGCCACAGUCUCGUGGAACGGCGAGCAAGAGAUAUCGAAAUCGAGGGUAAACCCCCCGGCUCUAUCCGGAGUUGGAGGGAAAGCAGGCGAGCAAAACAAAGUUUCUGCCACAGAAAUGCAGCCUACUGUGAUUAAGGCUGAGAAGACCUUUUCAUCCCCGCCUGUUCCUGGUCCUGCCAGUGCAAUGCAGUACCCGGGGGAUGGAGCGUCGUUGGAUGGCUUGCAGGCCCAAAAUACAAACGUUCAGGGCGACACCAUGUCAAGAUUGAAAAUAGGCUGUCUCAGCGCCGGGAAUCGAGAGACAGAAGCUUCCCAAACGAAUGAUGAAAUAGCCUUCAAAGUCAAGCCCGAGAUUUCAGACGACCUCCAUGAGGACGAGAGGGACAAUAGCGAGAUCAACGCAGCCUCCUCCGACGAUGACGAGGCAGGAUCAUCUGUUGGUGGUGAGAAGAGGGCCUCCCAGGAUUCGAAAUCGGAUAAGAAAAAGAUGAAGAGGUUUCGCCUCACGCAUAACCAAACACGCUUUUUGAUGAGCGAGUUCACUCGGCAGGCACAUCCUGACGCAGCACACCGAGAGCGACUUUCGAGAGAAAUCCCUGGACUAACUCCCCGUCAGGUUCAGGUCUGGUUCCAAAAUAGACGUGCCAAGCUCAAGCGGCUUACCAGCAACGAUCGGGAGCGUAUGCUAAAGUCUCGAGCCCUGCCGGAUGACUUUGAUACAACUCAGGUGUUACGAACUCCUUUUGGCAGUAAGGGUUCUUCAGAAGCACCGGGACUCCUUACCGAAGGGUUACCGCGCCUGAACGAUGACGACUACGUUAUAUCUCCAUUGAGCUCGGCCUCGACCAGUGGCCCUGGCUAUCCAUCUGCCUCAUCAGAAAGAGGCUUCGAGAACUAUCAAAACCGAGGCGCAGCAGCAACGGUUCCAGACCUGAGGAGCAAUCGUGGAACUUUCCCAUUUCCUCGAUCGAGCAGCUUCUCUGAGUCUUCUUUCAAUACAGGACUUCAAUUUCCCGGUCGGUUUUCGAGACCCGGGGCAGAGGCCAUGGGUCACUCUGGGAUUUCAUAUCGACGGCCAAUGGACUAUGUUAUAAAUCGCCCAGCAAAUGGCAUGAUGGUUGGCUACAACCAGCCUCGCCCGUUGGAAGGUUCUGUAUCGCCCACUGGCCAACCAGAGCCACAAAUGCCGUACGGAAUGGACAGUGCGAGUCCGCAAAUACAUAGCUACCAGUCUUCCCUUUCAAUGGCUACUCCCAAAACAUACGGUGGAAUGGAAAUGAGCACGCACAUACAACCCGCUGGAAGAAGCAUGUCCACCUUGCAACACCUGCCGAUUUCGGACGCACCCGAAUACCGCCCCUAUUCGUACGAGCACCACCCUUAUAGUAUGAGUACCGGCAUACCGUUCACGCAGUCCAAUGCUUCUAGCCUGAGUCUACCGGCGUCGUUCCCCGCCGAGACGGGGCAUAUCCCGGUCAGCAGCUCCGCCGAUGAGAGGAUGAACCCGGCCAAUGUCAUGGAUCCUUUGAGGGCAAAGUACGGACAAGGGUACGAAUACGCAAAUUAUCUCUAG